AUGAAAGCAGCAGCAGCAGUACAAUCAUGGAAACUAUGUGGUUUUCUGAGAAAGUGCUUGUUCAAAGCCCUGUCAGUGGGCUCCAUCCCCAGUCAUGUCGCCUUCAUCAUGGAUGGAAACAGGAGAUAUGCUAAGAGGGAAAACCUAGUAGAAGGGGAUGGCCACUGGACCGGAUUUUCAUCUCUCAUAACUAUUCUUGGUUACGGCUAUGAUUUGGGGAUAAGGUAUGUAACAGUCUAUGCCUUCAGCAUCGACAAUUUCAAAAGAUGGCCUGAUGAGGUCCAAUGCCUGAUGGAUUUAAUGGUGGAAAAAAUUGAGGAAUUGCUCAAGACAGGAAGUUUUCUUGAUCAAUAUGGCAUAAGGAUUUACUUCAUAGGGAACUUGAGACUUUUGAAUGGGAAUGUUCGGAUUGCAGCAGAGAAGGCCAUGAAGGCUACUGCAAGUAACAACAAGACUGUGCUUUUGAUAUGUGUGGCCUAUACUUCCCGCGACGAAAUAGUGAAUGCCAUCAAAAGAUCCUGUGAAGAUAAGCUAGAUGAAGCUGAUGCUUUUGAAGGAAAUGACGACAUCAAGGGAAUGAAUGUCGAGGGGGUGGAGAUGAAAAAUGGUAUCUUCAAACAUGUUGAACAGGGAUCACAUCAAGAAAAAACAGAUGAUAUUGAGAAGAUGCACAAGUAUCCAAUCAUAAAGUUGGUGGAUAUCGAGAAGUAUAUGUACAUGGCUGUGGCGCCUGAUCCGGAAGUCAUAAGAAGUUCAGGGGAGACUCGGCUAAGCAAUUUCCUUCUUUGGCAAACCACUUACUGCCCCUUAUACGCCCCUGAUGCUCUUUGGCCUGACAUGGGGUUAUGGCACUUGGUGUGGGCAGUGCUCAGUUUUCAGAGAAGCUACUCUUAUUUGCAGAAGAAGAAACAUCUGUGA